AGCUUGAGUCACUUCUAAAAGAGAAGUAGAAUGGACAAGGAGGUAAAGCUUGGUUGUAAAAAAUGCGGUUACCCUGGGCACUUUACUUAUGAGUGCAGAAACUUUGUAAGAUUAGAUGCUGCUAAAGAACUAACAUUAGAUAUCAGUUCCACGUCUAGUGACUCGGAUUCCGAUACCCCGCUUCAAGCUCUCAGGAGAUAUGAACUAGAGAAGAAAAUCAGGGAGAAGGAGGAGGAGAAGGAGAGAAGAAGAAAACUGAAGAAGGAAGGGAAGAAGAAGAAGAAAAAGAGAGAGAGAAGUAGAUCCCGCAGUGUAAGUUCUUCUGAUUCCGAAGAUGAGAGAAGAAAGAAAGCUAAGAAGAACAAGAUUAAAAAGAAGAAGAAGAAGAAGAAGAGUAGUUCAAGUUCUUCAGAAUGAUAGUUAAAAUUCUUUUAAAGAUGUGAAUGUACAUUUUCUAAAAGGACUGUAAGC